GGCGGGAAGAGUGAGGAAGAUUGGAAGUGGGUUCUGAUUUUUUCUGCUUCGCCCCGUGCCAUGGCGGCCCAGCUCUUUAUGAACUGGAAAUACGACAGCGCGUCGGCGAUCUUGUGGGAGAGGCAUACUCCGACGGCUAUUCCGCCGCAAUCGAAGACAUUGAAUUGGACACCUAGGACGGUGUCGACGAUUUCAUCCAUGUCGUAGGGAAGCAGUUUCCUGACGUCGGCCGGAGAUGGAUUGUCGACGACGGUGCUGAGGUGGCACCUGACUCUGGUUUCUACGUAAGGGACACCCUCAUCGUUGCAAUCCACGACUAAGUUGGUGGUUAUGAGUCUUCCGGCGAGUGGGUAGUAGUGACUCAAGACUUGGGACAACGAUUUCUUGAGAAGAUUGGAAGCUUGGUUGAUGUUAAAUUUGUUUGCGACGUCAUCGGAUUUGAAGAAAUAGACCAUAGAAUUGUUGAUUUGCAGACUAAGCUGGUCGAGGAAGGAUAGAUGAUAAUGACGAAGAUGUUGAGGUUGGAAGUAAUCUCUGCACAAAUCGUGAAACCUUCGUCUCCUACACCUCAACAUCUUCGUCGCUAUAAUCUCUCCUUCCUCGACCAGAUCACUCCCCAAGUCAACAAUUCUAUGGUCUACUUCUUCGAUGCUGCUGCACAAAAAUUCGACAUCAUCGACAUCUCCGACCGCCUCAAGAGAUCGCUAUCUCAAGUCUUAACUCAGUAUUACCCACUCGCAGGAAGACUCAUGGCCAAGAACUUAACCGUAGAGUGCAACGACGAGGGUGUCCCAUACACAGAAGCCAGAGUCCGGUGCCGCCUCAGCCACGUCAUCGACGACCCUUCUCCGGCCGACGUUGGCGAACUACUUCCGUUUAAAAUGGAUGAAGCCGUUGACACAGUCCUAGGUGUUCAGUUUAAUGUCUUUGAAUGUGGCGGAAUGGCCAUUGGUAUAUGCAUCUCCCACAAGAUCGCCGAUGCACUGUCUUACUUCCAGUUCGUGAAGAGCUGGGCCACCGUGACACGCGGCGGCAACCCGGAACACAUCACGACCCACUUCGAAUCAUCCGCACUCUUCCCGCCAAAACACAUGCCGGGAUACGACCCGGAUUGUCUCGUCCCGAAGGAAAAGAUCGUGUGCAACAGAUUCGUAUUUGAAGCAUCUGCAGUAGAAUCUCUGAGAUCAAAAUACUCGGAGAAGGUGGCGAAGAACAUUCUGGAAGGCCAGAAACCACCUUCAAGAGUUGAAGUAUUGUCAACUUUCAUAUGGACGAGGUUUCUUGAAGCCACUAAGGGGGAAGAAGAAGAAGAAGAAGGAAGCAAAAAGAAAAAGAUUCAGUUGGUGGCAUGGGCAGCAAAUCUACGACCAAGAAUGGAUCCUCCAUUACCAGAAUAUGCGUUCGGCAACUAUUACUGGCCGAUGAGAACGUUUCCAACGUUAGACGAGAAAGGAGAAUGUCAUGAUAUGGGAAGGAAGUUAAGAGAAGAGUUAAAUAAGAUGGAUAAGGGUUUUAUUGCGAAGCUUCGAGAAUGUGAACAGUGGAAUCCUCAACAGAAGAAAGAAGAGAUGGUUAGAUCAACUGGUGGUGGGGAAGAAGGAGAGAUUGCCGCGUUUGCUUUCUCUUCAUUGUGUUGGUUUCCGGUAUACGAGGUUGAUUUUGGUUGGGGGAAUCCGACGUGGGUGGGACCGCCAACGUGGAAAUUUAAGAAUGUGGUUACCUUCAAAGACACUAAGUCAAGCGGUGGCAUUGAAGCUUAUGUUAGCCUCACGGAGGAGGACAUGGCUAAAUUUGAACACGAUGAGCAACUUCUCGCACAUGUUUCUACUGCGGGGUUAAAAUGAUGUUUUACUUGCUCUGGAUUUAUCGUAUGGCUUGGUUGUUUAUUUUAGGGUUUACUGUACUAUAGUCAAUUGUCCACUUUCAUUUGUCAACUAUAUAAUAAGUUUCUUGAUGAUGGAAAGUCAUAAUCGGCUUUACUUUGUUUGGUACUAAGGAGUCAAAAGUCUAAUCUCCCAAGAAAGUGUUAUAAAAUGUUUACUUGUUAAUUUGAAUCAAUAAUGUAAUUUUGAUUA